UCCGUUAGCUCCGUUCUAACGGCCCCAGAUUUCGCAGUCCACAUAAAAUUAUCAAAAUUAUAUAGUCAUACGACAACGUGCAUUCCGAUACUUGUACGACAUGCAAAAUAUUUUGUACUUUCUCCCCAAAAAUUCCACCAAUUCUUGAAUUUUGAUUUGAUCCACAAGCAAAAUCCCCAACCCACCCCACCCCUCCCAUAACCCAAAGGGGCAAAAUCCCGCUUUUGCUUUAGCUGGUCCUUUUUGGCCACGCCCCCGCUUACCUAAGCCAGCCUCACCUGUAUUAGAAGGUUCAGUAAUAUUAGUGUUUGUUAAUUCCACAAAACCCUACACCAGAAACUUCUUUUAUUUUUCAGUUCUUGGUCAAUAGAUGUAUCUUCCCCAUUAAUCAGAAUAUUUCCUGUGAAGUCCUACUGUAAUUGUACCGUCCACUGUAGUCAGAUUCAUGAAGGUGUGGCUCCAGCACUUGACGUGAAGGCUUACUUUGAUGGUCUGCAGCUUCUCCAUCUUACAGUUCAGUGACUCCAAAAAUGAAACCAAGAACUAAUGUGGGGCCAAGGUCCCAGAGGUCCAAAGGUGUUCAGAAUGAGGGGCCAAACUGGGUCAUAAUUGCAGGUAGUGCAUUAUUAAGUACAUUAUCUGUCCGCUUAGGCUACAAGCUGAAGCAGGUGCUUGACUCGAGACAACAGAACAAGACUGCCAGCAGUUUAAAAGGAAACGAAAAAUCUCCUGAAGGAAGGAAGUUAGGAAACGGUCAUUUGCAGUCAAGUACUUAUUAUUUUGCUCAAGAUGAUGAUGGCUGCUACAAUUGCAAUACAGGAGCUGGAGGAUUGGGGGUUAUAAAGCAGCAGCAGUGUAAUGGGUCUGAGCCUGAAAUGGUGCUCCCUCUUGUGACUGUUCCUGCCAUCGAAUUCAAUAAAGAGAAUGGUGGGCCUUGGUCAAGCUCUCCUGAUCGUCUUGAACUGCCACAGAAACCAUUUCAUCACUCAAACAGCUCCGAGUCGCCAUGCGUAUCAGAAUCUGGUUCUGACAUAUACAGUAAGCGAGAAGUGAUACAAAAGCUGAGACUACAGUUAAAGAGAAGGGACGAAACAAUAUUAGAGAUGCAGGAGCAGAUUGUAGAGUUGCAGGGUUCUCUCAAUAGUCAGCUGUCGCAUUCUGCCCAUCUGCAGUCGUUGCUGGACGCUGCAAACAGGGAUCUGUUUGAUUCGGAGAGAGAGAUACAGAGGCUGAGGAAAGCAAUUGCAGAUCAUUGCGUUGGACAAGUUGGUUCUUGCGAUAAGUCCCCAACAGUACCUGUAUGGCCAGCUGAAGUCCGAUAUGGUCAUAUGAACGGUCACACAAAUGGUCACCUGGAAAUUGAUAGAAAUUCGGAUACCUCAGAGAAGGGAAGAGGAGGAGAUGGGGAAAGGUUCGAAAUGCUGAAGCGCGAAAAGGAUGAGUUAAAAGAAGUGAUUGAAGGGAAGGAUUAUCUAAUCAAGAGCUACAAGGAGCAAACUGCUGAGUUAUCAAUCAAGGUGAAGGAACUGCAGCAGAGAUUGGAUGCUCAGCUCCCAAAUAUUUUGUAGGCACGCGUUAGAGUUGUGUAUUCUUUAGUUUGCUUCCAUCUUAUGUUUCUCAUUCCCUUGAUUGGUUUUAAGCUUCAUGAUAUGGGAAUGCUCUUUUCUCGGUUUUUUUCCUUUUAUGUUUUUUUCCUUACCUCCAUUUAAUCCUUUUGUUUUCUGUUCAUAAUGUUUGACGAAACGAUUUGGAGAACGUGCGUAGUAGUAGUAGAUUUGAGUUUGAGGAUUGCUUCCUGUAUUGCUGAACAUGUAAAAACGGUUCAUGUCCAUGCAUGGAGGGGUUUUAUCUGAAGUUAUGAAAUAGACAUUUGCUCAGCAGUUUGAUCA